AUGUCCAGAACACUCUCACGAAGCCUGGCGAGGCUAUCGCAAGUGGGAUUCCGUCCCUCUGCGAAUGCGCCGUAUAAAAGCUUUACUUCCACCAAUGCUUCGCUUAAAUGCGCUCCUACACUCAGAGCUCUGCAAUCUCGUCAGCUGCCUCUGAGUCGACGAGCGUUCUCCACAACACCUCAGCGGCGGCACGGCCAUGUCACCCCGCCAAAGGCUGGCGAAGAACUCUGGGUCACAUUCAUCGACAAAGAGGGCGAAGAACACAAAUUUGCUGUUUCGGCUGGUGAUAACCUACUCGACAUUGCUCAGGCCAACGAUUUGGAGAUGGAGGGUGCCUGCGGGGGUUCAUGCGCAUGCUCGACUUGCCAUGUCAUUGUAGAGGGAGAAGAUUACUAUGACAAAAUGCCCGAGCCCGAAGACGACGAGAACGAUAUGCUGGAUCUCGCCUUUGGCUUGACCGAGACUAGCCGUUUGGGCUGCCAAGUCAAGAUGACAAAAGAGCUGGACGGCUUGGUCGUCAGGCUGCCUUCCAUGACGAGGAAUAUGCAAGCCAGCGACUUUCAAUGA